UCGUUGUAUACUAAAACAGCAACUGAAACUAAAAAAAUAUAUAAAAGAAGCAUCAGUACGGCACGGCCAUUCGCGACAACGGAAGAAGCCGGAACUGAUAACUCAACUGCUAGGGUUCCGGCGCCACAUUCCUCACUGUCACGGAACUACUUCCUCCGCCGCCAGCCACUCUUCUGCGAGUGAGUAAAGCGGGUCAUGUCUUCAGACAAUGUGAAGGAAAAUGCAUCAGUAGUUGAUUUGUCAGGGGUUGAAUGGAGUCAUGACACUGGAAAUUCAGAUGAGCCAGAGAGCUCAAGUUGCAAGUUUAAUGAAGACACUAAUACAACUAGGGCAGAUAAAGUGAGACGUUCUCAUUCUCAGAAAGGGAAUCCAACUGGAACUGGAGUGGGAAAAUUGCAGAAUAAAAAAUAUUUUAUCAUUAAGAGUUUGAGCCAUCAAAAUAUCCGUUUGUCAAUGGAGAAAGGAAUUUGGGCCACUCAAAUCAUGAAUGAGCCAAUACUGGAUGAAGCUUUUCAUAAUUCAGAUUGUGUAAUCCUUAUAUUCAGUGUCAACAUGAGUGGUGCUUUCCAAGGGUACGCAAAAAUGGUGUCCUCCAUUGGGCGGAGGAGAGACAAUGUUUGGCGUGAGGGAAGCGGUAAAAGUAAUCCUUGGGGUCGCAAUUUUAAGGUCAAAUGGCUGUGUUUGAAUGACUUGCCUUUCCAUGAGACUCUUCAUCUCAAGAAUCCAUUGAAUGAUUAUAAACCUGUUAAAAUUAGCAGAGAUUGCCAGGAGUUAUCUCCAGAUAUUGGUCUAGCCCUUUGUGAACUCCUUGAUGCUAAGAAUAAUGCAGAUGGCCUGCUGACCGGUUCAUCAAGGUAUAAUUUUUCUUCGAAGGGUCAUGCGAAGACUCCAAGUUCAAUGGGAUAUAAUGAUUGUAACUUGCCCUCACUGCAUUUGCCAUGGUCAAUGCCCUUGCCUUAUUCUUCAUCGUUUUACCAAAAUCAAGAUUCAUCAAACCAGAGAUUUGAUGAAACAAUGUACACUGGAGUAUUGCCUAUCACUUCUGAGUCAUCGAAAGUGGCAGGGAUUAAACGUUCUCAUUUUGAUGGUCAAAUUUCAAAGCCAGUAGUGGACAAGGAUGUGGGUUCUGGAUUUUGUGCUUGGGAUUUGUCUUCAAAAAGCCCUUUAGCCAGUAUCCUAACCGAGGAUGAUUUUCUUAACAUGUCCUAUGAAGAAUACUUGGAGGUCUAUAGCAGAUUCAGGAAACAGUUUCGCGUCAGUGUCAGUGAAACUAAACCAUCUAGGAAACAACAGGAAAGGUUGAGACGUAAUUCGUAUGGUGAUGAUGAUAGCCCGGAUGCAUUUUGCAGGAAUUUAGGGGAGGUUGAUAGCAAAAGGAGCAACUCUAAUGGGAGGAUGCAUCCGCCAUCUUUGCCUAGGAUAUAACUGCUCCUCCAACAUGUUAGCAUUUGGUCACUUACAUUUUGGACUUGUGGUAUUAGCAUCCCGUAAGGUGGUCCUUUUCCAUAAGCAACUGCGAAAUGGAAGUUAAUAGUCAUUUGCCUAAAAUUAGGACUUAAUAUUGUACCUCAUAAUUCAUAUUAACUUUGAUGUGGUUUAUUUGAGGCUUGUUCAAUUGUACAAAUUAGAUUUAGAUUGGCCAAAAUACAACUUGUAUACAUAUUGUGCUAAUUUCCUCACAAACGUGCCAUCAGAGAUGCUUCUUUCGGUUUAAGGAGAAGUCUUUUUUUUUUUGUUUUUU